GACAGGAGGCUGUCCUUGGCUAGCCGAGCUAUCCAGAGCGAGCUAAACAACGAAAACAAAUCCUCUGCAUAAACAAAUCAUCUGCAUGUAUGUGAAGUUGUCGCCCCCUGUUUGCUCUCGAUCAGUGUGCAGCUGGGUUGUUGCAGGUCCUGUGUUUGUGUGCCCUCCCCUUGCCCCCCCCUCGGGUCAGAGCUGAGGGUUGGGGUCUGGUCUUGGGCUAAUGUCAUUCAGUCCUGGUGAGGAGGGGGGUCUAUCUCAGGCUGCCCCUAACGUCAACACAGAAGACUUGUUUGACAACCCCACUCAGACUGUGGCUACAGGGAAAACACCUGAGGAUCAGGUGGUGCCUGUGGUGGAUGAGGCCUCUCCUUCUUCCACAUCCUCCUUUGAGAUGCUUGACAUGGAGUCGGUCCCAGCUCCUUACCAAGAAGUGCAGCCUCACUGGUUCUUCUGUCGACGGGCCGAUGACAGCACCUCCUGGCUUCCUUUCAGCAUAGAAGACUCUGAGAAACUAGAAAGGGCCUUCGACACUGGAGGAGACAAGGAGGAGGAGGUGGUGGUAGCCGUGGAUGGAGAGCGGUAUGACGUACAUGUCAAAGAGAGGAAGCGCUACGCUGUGUACUGGGAGCAAGGUCCCACUGAAGUCCGUCGCUGUACCUGGUUCUACAAAGGAGAUAAAGACACCAGGUUCAUGCCUUACCCUGAGGACUUCAGCCAAAGUCUGGAGGAGGCUUAUAUGAUCGCAGUCACCUUGGACGAAUGGAAGAGGAAACUGGAGUUUCCCACUGGAGAGACUGUUAUCUUACACAAUCCCAAACUGAUAAUGCAGUAUCAGCCAAUAGGAUUGCAGGAUGAGUGGGUGUCUUCCCCCUCAGAGCAGACCCGACCUCGAACAGUAAAGAGGGGAGUGGACAACAUCUCUGUGGAAAUACUUGAUGGUGAACCAGAAAAGGUGGACCACCUUGUCUUUAUGGUGCAUGGCAUCGGCCCUGCGUGUGACUUGCGCUUCAGAUCCAUCAUACAGUGUGUAAAUGACUUCAGGAGUGCUUCCCUGUCCCUCCUGGCUUCUCAUUAUAAACGUGCUCAGCAGGAUGGCCAGGUGGGCAGAGUUGAGUUCCUCCCAGUCAACUGGCACAGUGCUCUACAUGGGGAUGCCACUGGUGUGGAUGAGGACAUCCAGAGGAUCACUCUUCCCAGCAUCAGCAGGCUGAGACAUUUCACCAAUGACACUCUGCUGGACCUGUUUUUCUAUAACAGCCCUACCUACUGCCAGACCAUAGUGGACACAGUGGCCUCAGAGAUCAACAGGCUGCACUCCCUCUUUAAACAGAGACACCCAGAAUUCAACGGGGCAGUUUCAGUAGUCGGCCAUAGCCUGGGUUCACUGAUCCUAUUUGACCUGCUAACCAAUCAGAGGACUGGAUCAGAAGCCAGAGAGGGGGUACCUUCUGGUGAGCCGUGUCGUCUGAACGGUGACACACUGGAGCAGACUCUGACCAGACUGGGCCUGCAGCAAUACCUGGAUACACUGCAGGCAGAAAACCUUGACCUAGAAUCACUGGCUCUUUGCCAUGACAGUGAUCUCAAAGUUUUAGGAAUCCCUCUUGGACCUCGGAAGAAGAUCCUGAACUACAUCAAGAGGAAAUGGCUUCCAGCGGUCAGACAUGGGCAAAAACUAUCCCAAGUUCCUCUCCAAUUUUAUAUGGAUUGUAAGACAGGGACAGUGUGUCUGGCACCAGGGUUGCAAGUUCAACCCCAAACGACCAGUGAUCAAGACGGUGACCAAUCUUCGGGACUGACGGCGCAGCAGUACCAGUUCCAUAGGGAGCAAUCUGUCACCAGUGCUGUAGACUAUGAAUACUUCGACGUGGGCAUUGGACAGGUAUCCAUUGAUUACCCACAGCUGGCAUUCCACCCUCAGACGUUUUUUGCAUUUGGCUCUCCCAUUGGAAUGUUUCUGACUGUUCGUGGGCUCAAACGCAUCGAUCCAAACUACACCUUCCCAACCUGCAAGAGUUUUUACAACAUCUACCACCCGUAUGACCCUGUGGCCUAUCGGAUAGAGCCCAUGAUUAUUUCAGAGGUAGAUCUGGAGCCUAUGCUAAUCCCUCAUCAUAAAGGCCGAAAGAGGAUGCACCUGGAACUAAAGGACAGCUUGACCCGUAUGAGCAUGGAUUUGAAGAACAAUGUAUUGGGAUCACUAAGGACGGCGUGGCAGUCUUUUUCCAGGCUACCUGUUGCUGCACUGCCCCCGGUUGACGAAGGAGAAACUACAAUAGAGAGAAACCUUCAAGAGACACAGGCCUCAGCGGCAGUCACUGCUUCUGCUAAGAGAGACGAGAAAAGUGCUGAUUUUUGGACUAAAAUACUGGAGUGGCCCAGGGCCCUUCAUAAGUAUUACUUCCAAGGAGUGAGUGAGGAGGCAGAGUCCUCAGUGUCAACAGAGGAGAGAGAGCAGCCAGAGAUUAAAGUGGGGAUGUUGAAUGGAGGACGAAGGAUCGACUAUGUACUUCAGGAAAAACCCAUUGAGAGCUUUAACGAAUACCUGUUUGCCAUCCAGUCUCAUCUGUGUUACUGGGAAUCUGAGGAUACUGCUCUCCUGCUGCUGAAGGAGAUCUAUGAUAAGCUGGGUGUGGCCUUUGAACAGCCACAACAGUAAUAAAAGUUUUAUGAAUGUAAACUUGCUAACAUGACAGUAACCUGAAAGUAUGAAAAUGAAGGACACCGUGACUGAGCUAGAGGCUCCACAAUCCUCUUCCAGAAUGCCUUACCGUCUGGGUGUUACCUGCCUGCCCUGCCCUCUCCUCCUCCCAACAGUGGAGACUUUUUGGCUGCAGUCAGGUGAUCUUGUUUCAGAUAAUUUGUGGUAGUCAUAGCUUCUUGGUUUCGUUUGAACUCCCACUACCGGACUGGGUUUGGUGUGUGAAAGUUGUUUCAAAUCCACCCAAACAUUACUGUCAUGCUCCUGAUUGCACUUUUUUUUUUUUUAAUUUGAGUCUUUUUUUAUUUUAUUUUACUUUGCACUUUCACUUGCCAACAAUUAUUGACGUAUCAUGCUUACAGCUGCAGCUGAAUAAUAUUGAAAAAAAAUAAUCAUGUGAACCAGUGGACACACACAAUAAUUGUUCAAGUAAGGAAGAACACAUCAAGUUACGUAACGGGUAUAGUGUUCAUCAAAUUGGUUUGUAUUUCAAACUGGAAUUCAUUCUCAGCUGGCAUAUCUAUGUACUGUAGUUCACAAAAAAUAUAUUUAAAUAUCCCAGAAUAUAAUUAAAAUAGUAGAUUAUAAUCUAUAAAAUUUGAUAUAUUUCCCAGACCUGUGUACAGCCUCCAAAACUCAGAAAUGUAGAACUAUAAUUAUAAUUAACUAUAAUCCAUAUUAUGUGUGUCAACUGGGAAUCUCUCUUGACCAAGGAAUCUCUCCCAUAGCAUAACAUUAGACCUCCUCCUUACAAAUAACCUGAUUAGGAAAAUGAAGGUUGAUAUUCUGUCUGUUACAAGUUUCCUGGCAGCUCCUUUUUCAGUCUUAUAUUGACUGUAAAUGAAAAGUGAAGUUCAUCUUUCUUUCUAACCACAUUUUUUAUU